AUGGAUGACCUUGUCGACGAAGAAGAGCUAGUGGCGGACUACCAGUUGGAACAGUCCAACUACGAGGAGGAUGAAGGGAUCCCGCUUGAGCGCGCAGAAUCGGCCGGCGACAUCAAGGCCCAGCUCGAGGCGGCUGCUCAACCGCUUGAGCACCAGGCAUCGCUCGAAACCAAGUUCCAAAGCUACGACAACUACUGCAGUCUCUUCCACUACAUCCUGAACUCGGACGGCCCGGUGGAGAUCGAGCAGUCUUAUUUUUUCGCAUGGGACUUGAUCGAUGAGUUUGUGUACCAGUUCGAGUCGUUCUGCAGAUAUCGCAACCGGGUGGCACGGACUGCGCCGAAUGAAGAGGAGGCACAAAUCCUGCGGGAGAAUCCGAACGUUUGGGGCUGCUACUCAGUCCUCAACGUGCUCUAUUCGCUCAUCCAACGGUCACAAAUCAACGAGCAACUGGCCGCACAGAAGAGAGGCGAAGACCCUAACGCCGUCGCGGGCGAGUACGGCUCUCGACCCUUGUACCGCAUGCUCGGCUACUUUUCCAUCAUCGGCCUGCUGCGUGUGCACUGUCUGCUCGGAGACUUCAGUCUUGCGCUCAAGACCCUGGACGACAUUGAAAUGAACAAGAAGGCCAUGUUUGCCCGCGUCAUGGCUGCCCACCUCAACACAUACUACUACGUCGGUUUCUCGUACAUGAUGAUGCGGCGCUACGCCGACGCGGUUCGCAUGUUCAGCCAUAUCCUGGUCUACGUCUCGCGCACCAAGAACUUCCAAAAGGGGAACCAGGCCUUCGACGCCAUUGCCAAAAAGACCGAGCAGAUGUACGCCCUGAUUGCCAUCUGUGUGUCCUUUGCCCCCACCCGUCUGGACGACACCAUCCACACCGCCCUACGGGAAAAGUAUGGCGAGAAGUUCGCCCGUCUCCAGCGCGGCGGGGAAGAAUCCCUGCCCGUGUACAAGGAGCUCUUCCAAUCCGCCUGCCCCAAGUUCAUCAACCCGACCCCUCCUGAUUUUGACAAUCCGUCGCUCAACAUCGACCCCGUCGAGCACCACACCGACAUCUUCAUGGACGAAGUCAAGAACACCCUGUUCAACCCCACCGUCAAGUCCUACCUGAAGCUGUACACCACCAUGGACCUCAAGAAGCUGUCCAGCUUCCUCGAGGUCGAGCCCGAGAAGUUGCGCAGCUGGCUGCUGGUCAACAAGCAGCGGAGCAGACAGAUCCGCUGGUCUGAAGGUGGUCUGCUUGAGGGAGAGACCGUUAACAGCAGUGAACUCGACUAUGCCAUUGAGGGUGAUUUGAUCCACAUCAGCGAGGCCAAGCAAGGUCGGAGAUUGGUUGAUUGGUAUCUGCGGAAUCUGGCCAGAGCUUACUAA